AUGGCUAAGAAGGACGCCACAAAGAAGGCCGCUCAGGCCGCACAGGCCGCGGUCGCUGCUCACACAGAAGACGAGAACGUCAAGACAAUUCCUAAAACUUCUCAAAAGCUGAACUUGGCAGGAUCCUUCAACGACGUGUUGGGAGCCGUCGAGGCUACAUACAACGAUUACUUGCAAACAUUGACGCCUCGUCUCAAGUUAAUCGACACGCUAUUAGUAUUCUUGGUGGCAUUAGGUGUUUUGCAGUUUGUCUACGUGCUUCUCAUAGGAAACUUCCCCUUCAAUGCCUUCUUGGGCGGAUUUAUCUCGUGUGUGGGUCAGUUCGUGCUAACCGUGAGUUUAAGAAUGCAGUAUGCCACUGCUGACAAGGAUAGGGCAUCUAGUAUUUUUAGCUCGAUAUCACCAGAAGUGGCUUUUGGCGAGUACGUCUUUGCCAGUUUGAUAUUACACUUCAUCGUGUUCCAUUUCAUCAACUAA